UGUAAAGAGACAACAACUUUAAAAUGUUAUUAUUCGUAUUUCUACCGCUCUUAGUGGCUACAGAAUGGGUCGAAAUAACACAGAACUAUCGGAAAGAAUACAAACCAACGCGACAUGAUACCAACAGCAAAAAUAUUUACAGCAAUAAUUCAAUUCUAGAGCAUCAAUGGAGUAAAGGAUAUGUACAUAGAAUUAAUAAUCCGAGCAUCAAAAGAAUACAAACUAAUGAACGAAAAAGUUCAAAUAUAGAAAGAUAUCCAUAUAAAGAUUUCAUUUCUACAGAAGAAUCGGAACACAAUUCUCAAAUCAGGAAUCUGGAAAUAUUCCAUGAUAAUGCUUAUCAAGUGUCUAUAUUAAAUCAACGUACAACAAAUGGAAACAAACACGAAAGUUCAAAAGUAUCGGAGACGAAGACAAUCAAUACUAAAAUAAGACCUGAUACAAAUGAAAAAGACAACAAGCAAAGUGUAGAAAAUACAAAAGUGUUUCAAAAUAAUAUUGAAAAAGGAAAUGUUGGCAAUAAUGAAGAAAGUUUUUUUAAUACUGAAACUACACCAUGUCCAGAUGUAGUUACCAAUUUCGAACGAAACGAUGUUAAAAAUAAAAGCAACAAACAAAACCACACCUUAAAUCGAGAGGAGAAAAUUAAAACAAAAACGAGUGCAAUGGAAACGCUUGUUAAAUUUCUUAAAGUGGUUUCGCAAACUAUAAAACUCGGCACACGAAGAACAUUUAAAAGUAAAUUAAGAUAUUUAGAAGAUCUGAGAGACUCUUUAUUAGCGGAUAUAGACACUCGCAUUGAAUCCGCAUUUCCUGAUGAUGAUGAACGCCGGCAGCGUAGAGCCGCGGGGGUGUCUCGAGGUCAUGUUGAGUUCCCCUCCUCUGAGAGCGCUCUCAUGACUAUUUCUUUCCUGACCUUUGCUGUCUUUCUCAUCAAACUGGUCUUGCAAGUAAUCCACACAUACAAGGCUAAAACGAUGAUGGUGACACCUGCGGUCGUAGCAACAGUUGGGCGAGCGGUCUUCAAAAAAUCAACACACAAUUAA